AUGGUCCGUCUUAGCCACGGUCUUCAAUAUCAAGUAUCUGUAGUCUCGUACGACAUCCCCCGCAUCGCCCUAUUUCCCGCCCUGCCCCCUUUUCGCCCUCUGUUCCCCAGCGGCUACAGGAUGGGUUGUUCUACGGAUAAUAUCGAUGCCGGCCCUAUCCCUGCACUGCCGUACUGGCAAGUUAAUGUGCCCCCAGAAGAGAGGUCGGACGAGUGCCCCGAAGCGUUGCAGCAUCUCAGUGCCAAGGACGUGGGUAUUCUCAGCACUCCGGAUGAUGCAUACAAUUCACAAACAUGGCCAGAGGUGAGGCAGCUCGUGGCGGAAAACCGGCUCGAUUUGUUUCAGCGUGUGCCGUCCGAGUUGAGGCGGUACAGGAUUUUCGUCCACGAAGUGAUGGAGGAGCAUGGGAGCGUGAUGAACUUUAUCCUUGGACAGCGGCUGCACUGGACGCAACCAUUACAGGCGAACGGGAGAUAUUUCCAGGACCCAGGUGAUGUCAAGAUUCUAUUCAACGACUGGCCCUACGGGAUCGAUGAGCGAAUCAAGCACUUGGUUGUGUGGACUAAGUUUGUCUUGGAGGACGAUCCUCUGACUGGAGACCUCAAGGAGUCGACUAGGGCGGAAGUGGGUCGGUUUGUUGGCGAGACGUUUCGAAAACAAUUGCCCAAAGACACGGUCAUUUCGUUCAGGAACUGCAGCAGCCUGAAGUCUGUCCACGCCGUCGAACACUUCCAUGUCAUGCUCUUCGACCCUCCUUCGGACCCCUCUGCGAUAAGCUCAGAGGGCGAUACCAGAAUGCCAGCAACCCUCGAUACAGUUUCUGCUUACAAGCCGCAGCUCAAAGUUUGA